AUGCUCAUUAGGAGAAUCGCUUGUCUUUCUUCAACCAUUUGUACUUUUCAGCUUAGAUCUGUGGUAGCGACAAGUGACCCUGUGACUGAUAUCGUGAUACAAUGGGGUAAGGGAGUUCGUGGAGCCUAUAGUGGGACAGAAGCCUCUGACGCAAAUGCUCUUGAGUUCAUUUGGGAUCAGGAAGAACUCGAUAACCACGUCAAGAAAGAAUUUUAUGUUUUGCUGUAUGAACACCAUACUUUUGAUUUCGAUGGAAGUGAAGAAUUCAAAGAUCUACAAGCUAAUAUCUCGUGUUACGCGGAAGCGAAAAAGGCUGAAAACUCUGUCCCUUGGUUCUACUUUAGUAAUCCCCAUAUAUUACCCACGUCGUACUUAUCUGGAGGUAAUUCGGAUCUAGCUAGGAUCUAUUGUCCUCCAGAUGAGAAUGCUGAUUUCAGGGAUUGGAUGAAGGACGGAAUCGACUCGGUCAGUGCUCAUGCUACACCGUAG